AUGAGUAUUUCAAAAGAACGUAUUACAAAUAAUAGCGACAUUGAUGAUGAGUAUCUCUGCCAAAUUUGUUUUCAUUUGUUAUGGAAACCCGUUGAAUGCCAAAAUUGUCAACGACUAUUUUGUAAGAUAUGUAUUGAUAAAUGUCUGAAAGAAAAACCAAAUGUUUGUCCAUUAUGUCAACAUUAUCAAGAAAAACGUUGUUCACCAAUGUUUUAUGCUUUAUUAUGUAAAUUUAAAAUUGAAUGUGAAAACAAACAAAACGGGUGUAAUGAUAUGUUAUUAUAUGAAUCACUUGAAAAACAUCAACAAGAACAAUGUCAAUAUCAAAUGAAGAUAUGUCGUGGUUGUCAGAAGAAUAUAUUAAAAAAAGAUUUAGACCAACAUGAACAAAAUUGUGGUGAAAUCAAAAUCGAAUGUCAACGAUGUAAGCUAGUUUAUAAACAGAAAGAAAAACAUGAACAAUUAGAUUGUCUAAUGAAUAUGUUGAAUCGAAGUAAUAAGAAAAUCGAAUCAUUAGAAAAAUUAGUUGACAAUUUACAACAAAGUGUACAGAAACUUGAGGCUACUAUCGAUGUACAUUUCUUAAGAGGCUUGCCAUCAAGUGUUGUUCAUGAUGUACCGUUGUCAUCGUUGAAUCCUUCAUGGAAUAUUAUUUAUGAUUUCCCAUAUAGUCAUGGAACAACAGUCGAAGAGCUAAGAGCAUUAAGAUCGCAAUGUAAGAAACACAUUAUUGUUGGUGCAAUACAAGGAAAUUCAUCAAUGAUAUUGAAGAUAGCAGCAAUGGGACCAUCAGAAAUCUUAUCCUUGGAUAGUCCAUUAAAUCAACCAACAAAGUUUGGCAAUGUACAUUGGUACUUAACGCAGAAUAAAUCAUUUGGAUUUGCUCCAUCAUCAACAACUAUAAACUGUAACUCGGCGGAUUGUAAUGAGAAAGACAAUGCAGAAAACCGACUGAGUUGGCAUCUUCAGGAUUUUGGAGGUUACCGUGCAGGAUCAGUUAUAAGCUUAGAUGGUAAAAACGAAUGGAGAAAAAUUAUCAUGACAGAGAAGCAUUAG